AUGAGAGUCCUAAUUUUCCCAGUCCUAACCACUCUUUUCACAACUCAAGCGGCUACUGUCAUUUUCAGAAGUGAUGAACCACAAUACCGUGCCGACUAUAAUGUUGACGCCACCGACCCCAAUAAUCCUCAACUCUUUGUCCAACUAGAGCUUCUUAACUAUGAUAUAUCUAAUUGGACCAACACAGAUGGAGGGGAAGGCGUAAUGAUGGGAAUCGGAUUAGGAACUCAGGUUUGGGGUUAAUCAGAUUUAAUUAUCUGCAAUUACACCCAAAACGCAUCUUUGACCGUAGAGAAGUUUAAUUGCUUCGACUACCAUGUCCUUGAAGAUGGAACUGUUAUGUUAGAUGACCAACAAGAUAUUCAAUCUGUCUUUAAUCCAUAUCCGUUUGAAAACAGAACGGUGACUCUGACUGUGACUUCCACAAAUUCAUCAACUAACGAGACCAUAGUUACCGAGGUAAAUUAAACAAAGGCAGACUUUAUCGUAUCUUUCGUGAGAAACUUGCAAACCAAUGAUUCAAUGGAUACUUAACUAUCUAGAGGAGUAAUUGAUUCUUAUUGGGUUUACGGUCCUAUCUUUGCUAAUCAAAUUAAUGUAAGCUAAUAGGCUUCAGUCCCAGGACACUUUGGCGGAUCAUAGUUAGAUCUAAGUGAGCCAUAGUAGCCAGUGACAUCUACUCCUAAUUCAGGUUCUGGAAAUCUAUUAUAUAGCAGUUGUUUUGCCUUGAUUGGCAUGCUAAUAAUGUUAUCAAUGUAAAUUUGA